CAGGAGCGAUCCGCAGCACAGAGCACUCCCGCUCUCUGUCUCCCUUUGAUACAGUCUGGCUCUGUCUCCAGCCACAGACAGCUCCCUUACAAAUGAGCGGCUCCUUCUCUGAAAGAUGGCAAACGGGUUUACAAAGCCUUUAGCCACAUUGUACAAAGGAAGACAACUUGCAUUUGUAAAUUCUGGUGCGUUUUAUUUGCAAACCUUGCUUUGGAUUAUUUGUUCCGUUUGCGGAGAGGAGCAGCCUUUCAGCGUGGAGAUAUGGUUACAGAAGUAUGGCUAUCUUCAAGCUAGUGAACCCAGAAUGUCAGUAUUGCGCUCUUCACAGUCCAUGCACACAGCUGUAGCUGCUAUGCAGCAAUUCUAUGGAAUUAAAGUUACGGGGACUUUGGAUGAAAACACAAUAGACUGGAUGAAGAAGCCCCGCUGUGGUGUGCCUGACCAGUUUGGCAGCAACGUUAGAUUUAGUGUUAGAAGAAAGCGUUACGCAUUAACUGGGCAGAAGUGGCAUCAUAAACAUAUCACCUACAGCAUUAAGAACUUCACUCCUAAAGUAGGAAAAGUAGAAACACACAGAGCGAUACGCCGUGCCUUUGAUGUGUGGCAGAAUGUAACUCCCCUGACAUUUGAAGAGAUACCAUAUGUGGAGUUAGAAAACAAGAAGAGGGAUGUGGACAUUACAAUUAUGUUUGCUUCUGGUUUCCAUGGUGAUAGCUCACCCUUUGAUGGCGAAGGGGGCUUCCUUGCACAUGCUUAUUUCCCGGGACCUGGCAUUGGGGGUGACACUCACUUCGACUCCGAUGAACCAUGGACAUUAGGAAACCCAAAUCAUGAUGGUAAUGAUCUAUUUCUGGUUGCCGUUCAUGAACUAGGCCAUGCACUAGGCUUGGAACAUUCCAAUGAUCCCAGUGCAAUCAUGGCCCCAUUUUACCAGUAUAUGGAUACAGAAAACUUCCAGCUUCCCCAAGAUGACUUACAGGGCAUCCAGAAAAUAUAUGGUCCACCAGAUAAGAUUACACAUCCUACAAAACCCUUACCUACAGUACCACCACAUCGCUCCAAUCCACCAUCCGACCCAAGAAAGCCUAACAGACAACCAAGGCCCCCUCGACCACCUACUAGGGAUAAACCUUCCUAUCCAGGCGCUAAGCCCAACAUCUGUGAUGGAAAUUUCAACACGCUGGCUAUCUUACGUGGUGAAAUGUUUGUCUUUAAGGACCAUUGGUUUUGGCGUGUUCGGAACAAUAAAGUUUUGGAUGGUUACCCCAUGCAAAUUGCUUAUUUCUGGAGGGGUUUGCCUUCAAAUAUUGAUGCAGUCUAUGAAAGGCCUGAUGGGAAGUUUGUGUUUUUUAAAGGGAGUAAGUACUGGGUCUUUAAGGAAGCUACGCUGGAGUUAGGAUAUCCUCAGAAUGUGGUGGAACUAGGAAGUGGAGUGCCUUCUCAGGGAAUUGAUACAGCAGUGUGGUGGGAAGACGUUGGUAAAACCUACUUCUUCAAAGGAGACAGGUACUGGAGGUACAAUGAAGAAACACAUGUUGUAGACAAUGGUUAUCCCAAAUCCAUUUCAAUAUGGAAAGGAAUUCCCAAGUCUCCACAAGGCGCCUUUGUCAGCAAAGAAAGUGGAUAUACGUUCUUUUACAAAGGAAAGGAGUACUGGAAAUUCAAUAAUCAUAAACUCAGAGUGGAGCCUAACUAUCCAAGGUCAAUACUGAAAGAAUGGAUGGGAUGUGACCGAACUAAAACUGGAGACAAGGACAGGCAUGAUACUCAAGAUGAUGUUGACAUAGUGAUUAAAAUUGAUAACACUUCCAGCACUGUGAAUGCCAUCGCCAUUGUUAUCCCUUGUACGCUGGCCUUGUGCUUUCUGGUGUUGGUUUACACAGUGGUUCAAUUUAAGAGGAAAGGAACGCCACGCCACAUACUAUAUUGCAAGCGAUCUAUGCAAGAGUGGGUGUGAUUGUAGCAGAAGCAACAUGAGAUUUCAACAAGUGGGCUGUAAUGCUGGAACCCAGCAAUGAGCAGGCAUCUCUUUGCCUAAGACAUGUGAAUCAUAGCUGAUUUUCUCAGAGUCGUCUGUUCUGAGCAUGAAUGGAGAUUAUAAAAGAGAGAGGGGGAAGCUUUCAUGAUACACAGUAUCAUCUGUAUUUCGGUCCUUUGUCUUUCUUUGGUGCGCCAUUCCGUAUAGGCCUUUUAUCUGCACGCUUGAUGCCCUAGUGAACUUUUGAAUCCAGAUUUCAAAAAGGAAAAACAAGCAAAUACUUUUCAAGAUCUUUAUCAGACUGAUACUAUAACUUGUUGCUGAACCUGGUCUCUUCCCUAUUUUGAGGGUUUGAUUGAGAAUCCUUCUGCUGACUUAAUUUUUUUCUGAACCAGACAGACCCUCUCCUUUUGCAUUCAUUUUUCCAAAGAGGAUCACUAUCUGUCUAAUAAGGAAAUAUUGCUGCGCUUGGUCCUUUCAAGUAGGAGACCGGGAUUAUAAAGCAUAGAAAAUUGGACUGUUCUGUGACUGAGUAACAGGGGCCAAAAUAUCUGCAAUAUUGUUAACAGCCUUAAGUAUGUUGUUCAUUUUUGUUUUGUUAAAGCAAUUCUGAGCAAAGUCAAUGCGUGGAGCUUUCAAUAGCAAUUGUUCAUGUAGAUUUAAAUGCUGUGUAAUGGAAAUGUAGAACUAGCCUAAGGGAGUUCCUAUACAUUGGUUUUCCUGCUGCCACACAUACACACAGGGCUGUUCAAACCUCUAUGAACCCAUCAAGAGGGGUUAUUUUUAGCAUUGCAGACUUGGAAUUGUGGUAGAAUGCCAGAAAUUCAAAUAUUGAACAGAAUGUGACUUUUACCUGAAAUUGCUGCCAGAGCAACAUCAGCAUUAAUAUACAUGUUGUAUAAUGUCAUCGUUAAAUUCCUGAUUGGUUGAAGAAAUGUGCAUUAAUGGACUACAUAUAAUCCAAAGUAUGGUUGAUUUCUCAGUCAAUUGCAUUUUCAUAUUCAUAAGAUAUUUUUAUCUAGGGAUAUUGAAUAAGAAAGUGUCUGUCAAUUAUAACAUGAAUCAGUUGAAUCUGGCAAGUCUUAAUUGCCAAUGAAUCCAUGGUUAUUGCUAUUAUAUAAAGCCUGGUACCUACAAACAUUAGUGGUGCACCACAGCAGCAUCAGUUCCAAGGUGCCAUUGUUACGCAUUGCAGUUUUACGUGAAUUAGGUGUACAAUUAACAAUUUAUAAAGUUACAAUGGUCCACACUUACCCCUAAAUUAAAUAUGACAAACAGGGUAGAAGCUAAAGAAACCCACAUUUGAAAGAUUCAUGUUUGAAGAUCUGUAUGUCUUUGCAGUGAAAUUUGAGAUCAAUAAAUUGGUGGUUGUGCAUUAAAACUCCCAUUUUUCACCGCUCCAAUGGCUCCAUUGCUGGGAAAACCAGAAACUCAGUGAAGAGCAGAGGUUAUUCAUUAACAUGAGGAUGGAAACUUGCUUCAAUAAUCCCUGAAUGGAUGUUUCAAUGACUGCAAGAUCUUCAGUGAUGGGCUUCUUUCAGCUUUUACCUUUUAAUUAAAGAGCUACUGUGGUUUGCUCUAGCUUUAAAUGAACCUGCAGCAAAUAUUGUUUUAUUCAGUAUUUUAAAACUCAUCAACUGACAGAAAUCAUUGUUAAUUGUAAGAGUUGCUUCCCCUUGGGGCCAACCUGUCAUUGGGCUAUGUACUGAUGUAACAAAUGGCCAUUUCACCAAUACGAUCAACUUUCACAAAUCAGAACUCGCUUUUGUAUGGAAACAGGAGUGACAAGUGACUUUUAAAACAAUUAAAGGGUUUGCCUUUAACAGUACUCAAUACAUUUUCAGGCUUUGUAAUUAUUGAAUUUUUUUAAUGUCUUCAUUUAGAAAAUAUUAAUGUUCCACAUACUUCAAGAGUUUUCUCUUUCUUCCUGUCUCUUGUCUCUGACCUUUAACUGCCAAGAAAUUAAUUAACAGGAAAAUAAACUAAAUUCACAUAACUGACCUGAUCUAUUACUUCCUAUUAAUACCUACAGUUAAACAUAAUUGUACUUUUUAAUAAGGCCUAUAGGGGAGAUAUUAUGUUGGAGUAUUCCUAAUGUGAUUUAAAGACAUCUUCAAAGGAUACAUUUAAUCUUAAAUAUUCUAUCCAUUGUAAUUAGAUUUAUUCCACUGCACCUCUUUUUUCAGUAUCUCCAUUCAGCCAUUGAAUGUGGCUUUAGUAAACUGUUAAAACAAAUGGCUUCCUUGAUCAUAAAAGAUGUGAUUGACAGGCACAGAUAGGCCCUGUGCUCAUAAUAAGGGAAACAUAACCUAUUUCUUCCCCAGAUACAAGCUAUUAUAGUUCCUCAGUUGCUACUCCUUCAGCUUAAUGCAUGAUUCUGGUGAGUAUUAACAUAUUGAACAAAGAUAGAGGAUUCUUCCUGUAACUGCUACUAGUUAGUAAACCCUUUGAUUUCCCCCUGUUAACUGGUGGUAGAUAUGGGUCAAGGAAGCAGGAGGAGAGUGUUACUCCAAAUAUGAACAUAACUGGUCAUAUGUAAUGGAUUAUUUAUGUUUACAUUUACUUGCUAUAACACUUUGACUGCUAUGGGUGGUCACAAUCAAUUAAAUGCACAUCAAGCAUUGAAUCAAAGCAUUCCUUGCCCCCACACAGCCCUAGCAAUCAAAGAAUUAAGGACUGUGCAGUGAUUGUUUUGUAUUUAUUGAUUCAUAUUUAUUUUCGGACAGUUCUUAAUGUCAGCUGUAAGUGUAUUUUAUCAGGAAGGUUAAAUAUCUUUUUAUACUAUUAUAUAGCUUAUGUAUUCAGCAUCACUGUUUCACUGUGUUGUAUUAAAAAUAAAAAAAAUGAACCUGUCAAUAAAUGGGAAUCCAGACUAUAAAGUUA